CUCGCACCUGGAAAUCGUGACUCUCUGCAUCUCGCACCACCAGCUGCCAUCCCGUGAAGAAGUCAAAGCAGUGGGUCUAGCGCCUGGUAAGUCCCGAUCCGGCAAGACCGGUGUCUGUGGGCGGGCGAUUCGUUGGACCCUUCGCACUAUGUGCGCGGCGGUGGUGACAUCACAAGGCGAUGACGAUGAACCGCAACGAGCCGCGACGUCUGACAUUGACGCACUGCAUCCGCUGACCCUUAUUAUAUUCCGCAGGCACUCUCCACCACGUCAAUUCUUCGCACAAAGCUCAUCUUCCUGCCCCGGCCUCCACACCUGCCUUGUUCGCCUUCUGACAAGCCUGCUAGCCAGUUUAUUUGUUCGCGCUCCAUCCGUAUUCGACGAGCAUACUUUAGCGGCGAAUUCUUCAUCGAAACUUCACAUCUACAACUAUGGUUUCCAAAGCUCUGAACAUCGGACUGCGGUCCUGGCAGUUGCUCUGCUCGGUCAUCAUUAUGGCCCUCAUCGGUAACAUGAUCGCCACAGCCUACAGCGGCAACUCGGCAAUGGUCAACUACGACAUGUUUGUAGCAGUGUUCGGAUUGCUGUCGCUGCUGUAUCUGCUGCCGACAUCGUUCCUGGACAGCUACAGCAUGCCUCUCGUCAACAUGGGGCUUGACGCGCUCAACGUCAUCUUCUGGUUCUGCGCCGCCGUCGCCACUGCCGCAUAUCUUCAUGUGCACAGCUGCAGCAACAGGGCUUACACCACCACCAACCACAUCACCAACGGCAGCCCCAACACCGAGAAGCGCUGCCGCGAAGCCCAAGCCUCGACCGCCUUCUUCUGGUUCGGCUGGGCCGCGUGGGUCGCAACUCUGGCCUUCAGCAUCAUGAACGGCCGCUCCUCUGGCGCGAACCUCCGCGGCGGCAUCCGCCGCGGGCCCGCCAUGAGCCAGGUCUAGGAGCCUUGGUGGUGCGGCAGCAUCCAAAGCUGGGAAAAGAGCUGGAAUACUCGGCCAGAGACUAAGAUAGGGGACCCUUGCAGUGCGCCGGGGGCGUAAUGGCUUGUCUUGAUGGCAACGAAGGUAUUGCGUAUUUGUGUCAUAUAGCUAUGUACUGAUGUGAUGACUACGGUAUCGGAUGGAAUGGAAUUGGAAUUCGGAUGGGCAUCUUCGGCUGCGAGACCAGCGCGAUGGCUCGGAUAUGAUACACCAGGGAUUGUCUGCUUCGGCGUUUGAGCUUAUUGCUUUGAACGGCAAUACUAAUAAUAAAU